AUGCCCCCACGAAAAGGAAAGACUGAAAAGGUCGAGGAAGUCGUCACCUUCGGCCCUAAGGUUGCCGAUGGAGAGAACGUCUUCGGUGUUGCUCACAUCUACGCCUCCUUCAACGAUACCUUCAUCCACAUCACUGAUUUGUCCGGAAAAGAAACCAUGGUCCGAGUCACUGGUGGUAUGAAGGUCAAGGCUGAUCGAGAUGAAUCUUCUCCCUACGCCGCUAUGUUGGCUUCCCAGGACGUCGCCGUCCGAGCCAAGGAACUCGGCAUCACUGCCCUCCACAUCAAGCUCCGAGCUAUGGGUGGUACCCGAACCAAGUCUCCCGGACCCGGUGCCCAGCAGGCUCUCCGAGCUCUUGCCCGUGCUGGUAUGAAGAUCGGCCGAAUUGAAGACUGCACCCCAGUCCCAUCCGACUCUACCCGAAGAAAGGGUGGUCGACGUGGUCGCCGAUUGUAA